AGCUUGUGGUCUCCAGGUGGAAGAUGAAAGGUACUGGUCUUGUCUUCGGCCUGAUCUCUGCUGUGCUUUCUGUCCUUGGAAGACCUUCCAAUGGGCUGAAGACGCUCCAUUUGGGAAGCUGUGUGAUCACCACAAACCUCCAAGAAAUACAAAAUGGAUUUUCUCAGAUCCGGGACAGUGUGCAAGCCAACGAUGAGAACAUUGACAUCAGAAUCUUAAGGAGUACUGAGUCUUUGCAAGACACAGAGCCCUCAGAGAAGUGCUGCCUCCUCCACCACUUACUGAGCCUCUAUCUGGGAAGGGUGUUCAAGAACUACCAAACCUCUGAUCACCAUACCCUCCGGAUGAUCAGCAGUCUGGCUAAUUCCUUUCUUAUCAUCAAGAAGGACCUCCGGAUUUGUCAUGCCCACGGGACGUGCCAGUGUGAGGAGGAAGCGACCGAGAAAUACAGCCGGAUUCUGAGUCACUUAGAAGAGCUGGAACCUCGGGCAGCAAUUGUGAAGGCUCUGGGAGAACUGGACAUCCUCCUGCGAUGGAUGGAAGAGUCAGAGUAGGAGGAAGUGACGACACUCCUGAGAAUCCUCCCGGCUAAGGAUCCUUGGUACCAUGGAGACAUGACUCCCAAACCGCCAUCUUUUACUACUUGAUUUGGUGCUAGUCAGAGUGUUUUGUAUUUAUUUAUUCUUUGUUUUCUCAAUGUGGUUGCCCUUAAGUGUCCCAAAUCUUAAUGUAUACCAUAAUUUUAUAAGAUUUCUUUAAUAAUAUCUUUUCUACUGUU